AUGGGUGGUUGUAGAUGUACUUAUCGCAAUUGUACCGUCAAAACUGAUGGGAAGACACAUAUGUUCCACUACCCUGUGUUUGAAAAAGUGAGAUGCCACCAAUGGCUGGUCAAUGCACAUAAAUUAGAAUUCCUAAACUUAAAAGUAUCACAGUUGAAGAAUAGAGUUGUUUGUCAACAUCAUUUUAGAGAAGAAAACUUUAUGAAUUACAAGAAAGACAAACUCACAUUUGAUGCUAUACCGACCGAAGAUGGACCAUUCUGUGACCCAACAAAGUUUUCAAACAAUAGCAAUGAACAUAAAACAUUUUCAAACUUAAUACUCUUGGAAGACAUAGAAAAUGAUUAUCAAAUUGUGAAUAAAAAGGCAAAUUUCUCAUUGAAGUAUGGAGAUUUUUUAACAAACGGUGAAUUAAUGGAUUCUACUGUAAGAAAUAAUUCUGAUAAUGUAGAAAAUUUAAACUCAUCAUACAAUAAUAGCUACAUCAAAUUAAAUCCAAUAAAUUUACAACCAAAGCUAUUAAAUCUUCCACCAUCAGAUUUUAUGAAUAAAGACCCAAUUAUUGUACAACAGCCGCCUGAACCUAAUGUUAUAAAGUAUGAUCACACUAUAUCGAACACAUUACAUGAAAUGGACAUCAAUAAGAACAAUGUCACAAUAAUUAACUCUCAGGAGACACACCAAAAUAUAAAUUCUAAGAAAUCAGAACCAAAUACGCCUAAAACAUACUUACAACAGAAUGAAAAUGUAAAGAAAGAACCAAAGAUAAAAAUAUUGUCCCAAAAAAAGAUACAAUGGCCAUUACCGAUAACGGGUAAAUUUGAAAAGGUAACACCGGGGACCACACUUUACAUUCCAGAGAGGGCUUAUGGAGUUAAACAACCAAAUACAUCUAACAGUGCUACAGAAGCAUCACUCAAUAAAUGUGAUGAUGUUAAAGUUUUAGAAGUGUUGGACAUAGAAAUCCAACCGAAACAGGAUUCAGUUGAAAAUGAAGAUGCAAAUUUAAUAACGAUACCUAAAGCUAAUGUUAAACAACCAUCACCGAGGCUUUUACCAAACAAGAGCAAACUAACACCUGAAAGGACAGCCGCUAUUGAGAGGAAGAGAAAAUUCAAUAUGAAACUAAAAGAUGUGAUUGAAUCAUGUUUGAACAAACUAGACGAUCCCAUCAAAACUACCGAACCAGACAAAAGUAAAUCAGAAAGAUCUGUACUAAAAGACAGUGAUGUUGAACUAAAUCCACCCAAAGAUCAGCCAUUGCCAAACAUACAUGAAUAUACAAUGGCUUUCCUUGAGAAGAGAAUGAGUAAACUAGAGCAGACAUUACUCAGUAGGAUAGAUAAUAAUUCGCAAAAAAUUAUGGAAUUAAAACAAUCACUUGGUAACAAACCGACGAAAAUGACGAAAUUGGUCAACGCACAGACAAGCACGAGCGAGGAAUGUUACAAGAAAUUCCUCUACAAAGAAAUAUCUACGUAUUUGAGUGAGAACGCAAAAAAUCUUCUAUAUGAAGAAUUAUUUAUAAAUAAAUUUUCAUUAAACGACACAACUGGCACAUAUAACAGGAAACGUAGAAAAUGUGUUUAA